AUGCCAGUCGAAGAGGAUGAAAAAGAAGGAAGUGAAUCACAAGAUGAAGACACGACCGAUCCAACUGGAGUUUACACGGUCGAUAAAGACGUGAGUGUUCUUGUUGGCACUCUAAUUAAUCUUUCCGCUGACAGAGCCGUUGCUCUUCCCACUUCUAUUCUUGAUCUUUCAAUAUCAGACAUAAAUGUCGAUGCUCUUCUUAAUCCUCUAACCACUGGUAAUGUAUCUAUAAAUCUCAUGACAUUCAGUUCUCUAACACUCACAUCUAGUCCACAAAAACAGCUACCACGAAGUCCCGUAUUUAAUUGGACAUCAAGUUCCUUGUUCCAGUCAACAAGAGAAACAGAAAAAGAGCCAAAUGAUCCACAGGAAGAAAUACUUGAAUUUCCUUCAAGAACCGGUCAAAUCGUGCAACAACUCGACGAUUUGAUCAAUUUCGAAACUGAUGAUCAAUCACAUGAACAAUGUUUUGUUUGA